AUAAUCGCAUAGUCAUGGAAAUUAACAAUUUAUAAAAAAUGAAUUAUUUUCAAAUAUUUGCAUGGUCGUUUUGUCCUUUUAUUAUCAUUUGUCUUAUUGUUGGCCAGAAUCGAGUGGCAACAUUGGAACUGCAAGACUGUUGGCCACUUUACCAUAUCCCCCUGGAUUUCCUCUGUGAGGGAGUCUACAAUCUGGAUAUGCACUUUCGAUAUCGGGACACAUUGGCUUCCAUUAAUGCACCUUAUAAAGUUUAUACCUAUGAGUUUCACGAUGUCUCUUCUGUUUUGGUAUCCUUCAAUCCGUCGGAAUUGCACGAUUGCAAUCAAACAAUUUAUUUCACGGAGAAUAUGAAUUUUUAUUGCGGCAUUGAUUGCGACAGUAUUUUGCUCGAUGUGCCUGGAUCGAAACUCUUUUGCUUUACAUCAGGGGAUGGGGAGAGCUAUGUGGAGGAUUUGAUUGUUGAGUGUUCAAAACCAAAAAUUGAAACCCUCAUUGGUGAUAUUAGUUCCACAGGAAUACACUAUGCCUAUUGUCAGGAAACGAGAGAGGAGGAGGAUUUACGUAAUCAAGCAGAUGGAAAACAUUUUGCAUUGAAAUUUCUAUUAAUUCUCUGCUUUUCGCUUUUCUGACGUUACUAAACAUUGAGAUACUUGUCAAUUCUUGAUAUACACAAAAUUUUAUAGUUAAGGCUUAAAAAUGCCUUUUUGCUCCAUGUUUGUUUUAAUCUAUAUUGUUGAGAAACUUGAAAAGAAUAAA